GAUCGCCCAGUAAGAAUCUACUGUGACGGUAUCUACGACCUCUUUCACUUUGGACACGCAAAGGCUCUCGAACAAGCCAAGAAAGCUUUUCCAGAUGUGUACCUUUUGGUAGGCGUAUGCAGCGAUAAGGAAACACACAAGCGUAAGGGAAAGACUGUCAUGACCGACAAUGAACGUUAUGAGGCAGUACGCCACUGUAAAUGGGUAGAUGAAGUUGUCACAGAUGCGCCUUGGAUCGUUGAUCAAGACUUUUUGGACUGCCACAAAAUUGAUUAUGUAGCUCAUGAUGCUGAGCCUUAUCAGAGCCGAGAAUCUGGUGAUGUGUAUGCAUUUGUAAAAGAUCAGGGUCGUUUCUUGCCUACAGAACGUACCGAAGGAAUCUCUACUUCUGAUCUUAUUACCCGUAUUGUUCGUGAUUAUGAUGCUUACCUGAGAAGAAAUCUUGAAAGAGGUGUCAGUGCAAAAGAACUUAAUAUAUCCUUCCUCAAGGUAAAACAUAAUCAAUAUAUACAAGUAUACACGUAUACAUAUAUACAUAUUCAAAAUUAG